AUGAGCUACCACUCAACUUCACCUGUCCUCCUUUUGCGGCCGCAACAGCCCUCAUCAUUUCAUUUCUCCAGCUCAAUGACCCCUUCGGCGCAUUCUAGUUUUACCAGCCCGUCCUCAUUCAACUCAUCUUCGCCCUUUCAAUCCUGCGCCAGGAAGUCUCCAAAGACGCUGGCAACUUUACCCAAUAAGCCAUCUCGGAAGCGUUCCCGCGAUGAGGCGCUUUCACCAACGGACGCGGCAGAAGACGCGUCGUAUUUUAGUCACUUUCCAGCUCCUUUGCCCCGCAAAGACCUGCCGCUCUACGGUGGGGCAAUGACUCCUCUCAAUCCGUCAAGUGGUUUCUCCAGCUCUGCCGUCUCUGCAACCUGGGUCGAGCCGAAUGCUGAGGGAAAUGCUGCAACUCCCGCUGCCGCUCAAGCAGACUCCGUGUCGAGCACACGAAGGAAAGCUCAACGCUUGGACAUCACAGCUUCACGGCCAGAGGAUGUCUCCGACGGUGCCGUUGGUGCGUCGAACGCUCCCUCAUCAAACGGUGGAAUUAGCGAUCCCGCCGUCGAUGAUUUCACGCGACUUCUAGGCGUUGGCUGGACACGGCUCAGUAAUGACGACGGCGUGCAAGCGGCUGCUCGUGGAUGGGCAAGAUAUAUUGAGAAUCACUUCCCAGUCUCCAAUGCGUCUAUCAUGCUACAAAGCCGGGGUCUUGGCGCCUAUCUUGUUGGUUCUCAGCAAGGUUUUUACCUCUUCCACGAAGAACUCGCGGACGGUCAACUCGUUGCCACGGCUUGGGAUCAAACCCUCGCUAAUCUUCAAGCGCGGCCUAUUGUAUUCGAAGGGUCCGAAGUAUUGAAAGCUACUCGAACUCCGGCUAUUGAGGCGGCCAUGGACAAUUCCGCCGCUGCCACCACAUCGUCCACACCUAUCGCUGGAAAUGCCCAACCUGCUGCAGCGUCCUCCAUGGACCUGGACUAA